AUGUUGUAUUUCCAAACUUGUUUUCAUGUGCGGAGGUCAUUCAUGUUGACACUGCUAAUUCACCUGUCCUGGAUAUUCGGAUGUACGUAUAUUUUGAGCUUGUGCACAAAGAAAAAGGAAGAGAAGAGUGAAGGACGAAUGCCCGGCUCCGUACAGGUUGAAAGUUUGCCAGUUAAGAACGGAUCUUCGUCUUUUACUGCAUCUGCAUCAGCAGAAGGAACUAAACAUCCAUUGAGGAAGAGACGUCUCUUGUGGGAUCGAAAAAGAAAAUUCAGCAAAGAAGAAAAUGAAAAAAGAUCUGAAUCAGCACCUGAUAGGAAGAGUAGUGAUGAGAAAACAGAUAGAAAGACUGAAGAGAAAGAAAAGAAAGAGAAACAGGAAAAACAGGACUUCACCAAAGAAAGCGAAAAGAAGGAUAGAAAAGCUAUUGAAGCAGCAUCUUGCACACCGAAGGAGAAGACAGAAACUGAGGUGGAAACAAAACGAUCGGUACGCGAAACAGCUCAAAAAGAGGCGAGAACGCAAGUCGAAAAUUUAUCUGCCAAGAAAGCGCCGUCAUACAGAGAAGUGACAGCACUUCCAGAAGAUACUCUUGCAUUGCUGGCGGCUGCAGAGCAAAUGACCUUAGACAAAGGUGAUUACGACAACUUUGGACCACCAGCGCAAAAAUAA